CUCAUACUUCAUCCAUCCUCAAAUAGAUGCCACUGUUUCCUACAUAAACGACCAGUUCCCAAUUCCCAUAUACCCCAAACAACAAGAUUACUCCUUUCGACCCACCUGGACAUUGACAGCCUACACUCGCGCACUCAAACCUUCUAUCGUAGCCCUCCCUCCUUACGCCAUCACCAAUCAUGGCAGGCGACCCUCGAGCACUAUUACAAAAGGCCGACAAAGCCGCUUCAGGCGCCGGAAGCGGCUUCAGUCUAUUCGGCGGACGAGCAGAGAAGUGGGAGAACGCAGCAGACCUGUACACACAAGCAGCCAAUGCAUUCCGGGUAUCAAAGCAGAACCAUGAAGCAGGUCAAGCCUUCGAGAAAGCCGCCUCGAUACAACAGAGCAAACUCAACGAGCCAGACGAUAUGGCCAACACCCUGACCGAAGCCUUCAAAGUCUACCGCAAGGACUCACCACAAGACGCAGCACGAUGUCUAACCACGGCCAUCGGCCACUACACAUCGAAAGGCAACUUCCGCCGCGCAGCUACACACCAACAGAAUCUAGCAGAGCUCUACGAGAUGGAAAUCGGCGACCAAAAGAAAGCGCUCGAAGCAUACGACACAGCAGCACAAUGGUACGAAAGCGACAACGCCGAAGCCCUCGCGAAUAAAUUGUACCUCAAAGUCGCGGACCUCGCCGCAUUAGAAGGCGACUACCAGAAUGCCAUCUCGAAACUCGAGACGGUGGCCAAAACAUCACUGAAUAACAAUUUGAUGCGUUGGUCCGUGAAAGAUUACUUUUUGAAGGCGGGCAUCUGCCACCUCGCAGCCGGUGAUUUGGUCGCGACGAAGCGCGCGCUCGAUCAAUACAAGGAAUUGGACAACAGUUUCGCGAGUACGAGGGAGAACAUGCUGUUGACGGACCUUGUGGGCGCUGUGGAGGAGGGCGAUCAAGAGGCGUUUGCGGAUAAAUUGUUCCAAUACGAUCAGCUCAGCAAGUUGGACAAGUGGAAGACGACGUUGUUGUUGAGGGUCAAGAACGCGAUUGAGAAGGAGGAAGAGGACUUCUCAUGAUCUCUCCUUGUGAGUGGCGGCGCUUCUGGGAGGCUCCCGGUGGUGAGGCUCCCGUCGAGACUGAGUUUGAGCGCGAUACGAGGCGUGUUUUGGUGUCCUCUUCCUCAUCUGAACUGGUGCGGUGUCCUACGGAGACCUUGUCAUGAGAUGGUGAUCGAUGGAUCAGACGGAAGAGACCAUACUGGCGUUAAAACAGGAUUGAUAUCACAGACAUGCGUUGACAGAUUAUACCAUUGAAUUGGGACCUCAACCUCACCCAUAUGAUGAUUCAU